GAAUUGCGACCAUACCAAGUUUGAAUCAUUAGAACUAAAACGACAUCGUUAUCGUCCCUAACAUCAAAAACUUGCCUGCUAUAAUAUUUUGCGCCAAUUCUCCAUAGUUUUUAUGCGCUAGGGAUUUCUUGGUCAAAAUUCAGCACCAUUUGCAUCAAUUACAGGAGGAAAAGAAUUAAAUAAAUAAGUUAAAACAAACAUCAAUUGAGGGAUUAAGAUACAUAGAUAGCCAGAGACAUGAGAAGGGCAAGCGGAAACAGAAGAAGGGACGAGCCAUUGAUGACUCGAAUGGUUAAUUCCGUUUUUGCUUUUGUAAAUUACGCAGAGUUUGAAUUACUCUUCCUUUUCUUCUUCCUUGUUGCCUUUAUCAUGUUCAAAGAUAUCACGUCAAGGCCGGAGUACAAUCAACUUCUUGCAAAGAAGCAUGGCGCUUUCGACUUCUGGGGUCAUUAGAAAGCUUGGAAAUGUGGUCUCCUGUCAACUUUCCUCUAGCUAUAGAAUUUUUCAUAUCCAACUUUUUGCGAAAAUCUUUGUAAUUUCAUAUAACAGCUUGUCAAAUUUUCUGUAAUUUCGUAUGAACAUGGAUAGAGACCUUUUUUCUUCUGAAGUUCUCAUGUUGUCGCUUAGAUAAAUUGUACGUGACGUUGUGUGAUGUUAUUUAUACAGACACGGGUUUAUUUUUUCCGGGAAUUAUAUUUGAAUACCAAUUUUUAUACCUUA